CAAAAAUCUGGACUUGAUAAAUAGCCACUGAUACUAAAAACCGUGGCUACAGCUGUACAUGUACAUGAUGAAACUAAAAAGAAAUGGUGGUCUAAAAUGAUUCGAAGAGAAAUAACCAGAGGAACCAAGACACGAUGAAGACAACAUACAUUUGGUGUUUUUUUUUUACUGCCCUGGUACUGUCUGAGAGUGCAUUUGCGAAACUUAUCUCUGGAUCUGCGACUUCUCUUCCAAAGAAAAGAAGCGUUCAACCACCAUUUUUUGCUGGGGGUAUUCCUCCAACGGGGCUUCCUGGUACUACUCAAGACAUGGCCUUACACCAGCAGACGCUGCCUGAUGAUCCUCCAAACACUCCACCGUAUUUCGUCUCUCUCUUUGAUCCAAGCACCAAUACUCCCUUUUAUUCAGCUUACAAAGUUACACCUAUUCAGGCAGGGAACCUUGGGAAUGAAAAAAGGCCAGGUGGAAUAAAGUUUAAAGACCCCCCAGGCGUUCCUGGUGUCAGCAUUGCCUAUAAAGAAGCAAUCGCAGAUACCACACAACCAGGCAAGCCAAACCAAGCAUUAACCAGAGGCCAUUUGAAUCCCUCAGCGAUAAAUUCCUUAGACAAAAGAUUCAUGACCGCUACUUAUACUUUUACAAAUGCCGUACCUCAGUUUGCAGCGACGAACUUCUAUUUGACGAAUUUUGAGUCAAGAGUAGAAAAUUAUGCUAAGAACAACUGCGGCAGGAAAGAUGGCACCCUUUACCUUUUGUCUGGCACAUCAGAAAAUGGCCUAAUCAUUAAUCAAGAAGGAAAACCUGUUCAGGAUCUUUCAAAUCAAAUUCCUAAACCCUAUCAGAGGGAUACAUUUGUGCAAGGUACAAUAAAACUUGUAACUCCUCGUUCUACUUGGACAGCUGGAUGCUGUAUAUGGCUGAAACCAGGUGAGGCGAGAAGAGCAGAAUCUUUUGCAGUGAUGAGCAACAAUCAAAACAAAAGAACGAAGGUUCUCCUAACAGAAAUGAGAGUGCUCGACUUAGAGGAGCUCCUAAAGACACCACCAUCAGCAGCAGUGAAUUUGUUCCCAGGGGAAGAGGAAUGUAGACGACCUGAAAACAAUAUACCACUUUAAAAAGAAUGGAAAGAAUGAAAAGAAGAGGAAACAGACUGUUUAGAGUCAAGUAAUUUAGUUAAUGUUCCUCCUUUCUGUCAUAUAUGUAUU